UCUUCUUGCAGUUAUUUUUUGUUUAGUGUCAAUAAACUAAAUAUUUUAACGUUGAUAUCCCGCACGAAAGCCGUUAAGUGUUGCUUGAAACGGCAGGGCCUCAGCGCGAAACAAAAUGUGUUUACGUACGGUUUCGAACCCAAACAGCCUCUGUGUCUUCUCGGUUAGUAGACAGACUAUUGGCUAUAGUUUCGGUUUGUAGGUGCUUCGAAGAAGCCGGUGAGGAGAUAAAGAUGUUGCCGCUGAAGGGGACAAUUAUCGAUCAUACUAAGAUAGGCUACUUCGUCUUGUCUGCAACACUAGCACGUGUGUAGGAUAUCGGACGCGCAGGCAUAGAAAACAAUUCAUAAACAACUCCGUAUCGUCGUUUUAAGCUAAACAAUUUUGUCCCGCAGUACAGUGCACUGUAAUUUUGAAUCUCCGCGUGAACAAUAGUUUAGUUGUAUUCGAGAGCCAGUACGUGCAAAUCAAUCGAAUAACCUCGGUUGGCAAAUCCUCUACACCUGUCAUAGAUAGGUUGUAAUACGGCUGCAGAAUGAAGAAUCUAUCAGAAGAGGUUCGAAGGCGGAUCGAAGAGAAUCGAGCAAAGGCAAUAGCAAUAAAAAAGCAAAAAGAGGCUGAAAGACUUCAGGCAGCGGCUGCACAAGAAACGAAUCGAAAGGAACUAAAAGGGUCAGAGAUGACCGCGCCGGCCAAUGCAAAUCAGAAGGGUGUUUCGAUGCAGUCGAGCGUUGUGAGCUUCCCUGGACAAAAUAUGCCUUCUGCAUCAUCCUCCAAAGCUGUAAAUGGACUUCACGGAGCACAAAAUAGCAACCAAGCAGGCGGUAGAUUUAAAUAUUCGUAUAAUGGCCCUCACAUCCGCGGAGGACAGAAUAACAGCGAUGCCUAUUAUAACAACAAUGUGUAUAAUAAAAACAGCAGUAAACCAAAACAGUCUACGACGACGAGUGGAAUAAAGGCCCAGCCUAUCAUACCUCGGGUGACGGGACUUUGUAUUCUCAUUUCGGGUGCUGAAUUUCGUUUACAAUGCGGCUAUAACGCCAAACUAACCGAGCUUCUGAGAACUUUCCCCGGAUCACGAUAUGAUGCGUCUACUCGGCAUUAUUGUUUUCGUCUCGAGCACAUGGAAACGUUAUUGAAAAAAGCUCGAGAAGAGGUUCCAGAAGUUAGUAUUACUGGACUGCCAACUUUUAUUCCUAAGGUUCUUCGCUCAAACGUUCAAAUACACACGGAGGAUGUAGAGAUGUCUUCAAUCGAUCCAAAGCUCAGGAAAGCUUUAAGACCCUUCCAAAGGGAAGGAGUACUUCGGGGUAUCGCUCAGCGGGGCAGAAUCCUGAUAGCCGAUGACAUGGGUCUUGGCAAAACUGUGCAGGCAUUGGCAAUUGCCACAUACUAUCGUGAGGAGUGGCCGUUGUUAGUGGUAUGCCCAUCUUCGAUGCGUUUUGCCUGGAGGGACGCAUUCUUACAGUGGCUCCCUUCUAUCACCGAGCACGACAUCCAGGUAGUUGUGAAAGCGGCUGAGCCCCUAGGGGCUAAUCAGGUUAUUAUCUCCUCAUACGAUAUCGUUUCUCGUAGAAGCGAAGACUUAAUGCGAGCAAAAUUCAAGGUAUUAAUAUUUGAUGAGUCUCAUUUCCUCAAAGGUUACAAAUCGCAGCGAACGAAGGUCGCUUUGGAGUUGUCUGGGAACGCAAGGAGAAUCAUUCUACUUUCAGGAACACCAGCGCUCUCUCGACCAAUCGAGCUUUAUCCCCAAAUCCAAUGUCUCGCUGUGAGGAACUGGCCAGUUGUACAUGAUUUUGCCCUUCGGUACUGCAACGCACGUGAAACACGAUUUGGCUGGGAUUUCAGUGGCAGUUCAUACCUAGAUGAACUUCACAUUCUUCUUCGAGAGGUGAUCAUGGUUCGAAGGUUGAAGAGUGAGGUUCUCGAACAGCUCCCAGAUAAACAACGAAUUGUGGUUCUAUUGGAUCCUACACUUGUCCGGAAGCAGGACCGUCAAGCCGCGUAUCUCAGUCAGAUGGUUAACAACAUCGGCCUAAGUACUGCAGAACGCCGAGGGGUUUUGAUACAAUAUUUCGCAAAAAGUGCCGAGCUUAAGAUGAGUGCCGUUUGCAAAUACGUCGAAGAAAUGCUUGAAGGGGAUUGCAAAUUUCUGGUUUUUGCACAUCACUCGGUGAUGCUAAAUGCAGUUUCUGAACUUCUCGAAAAGAAGCGUAUUGAUUUUAUCCGCAUCGACGGAAAGGUGAGCUCCGAUGUACGCCAACAGCUGGUGGAGCAAUUUCAGUCAAAGACAAGCUGCCGGGUUGCCGUACUUUCCAUCACGGCUGCUAACGCUGGAAUAACGUUGCAUUCGGCAAAUCUCGUGAUUUUUGCUGAGCUCUUUUGGAACCCUGGGAUUCUUACGCAGGCUGAGGACCGCGUGCACCGUAUCGGGCAGAAACAAAACUGCGUCGUGCAAUACUUAAUUGCCCGGGAAACUUCCGAUGACUACAUAUGGCCGCUAAUCGAACAAAAGCUUGUUGUCCUCAACAAAGUCGGCCUCAGUAAGGAUACCUUUUCCGAUGCAAUGAACAGGGUAUCAGAGCAAGUGGUUGACAAUGACCUGGAAGAAAAUGGAGCCGCCGAGGGCGACAGUGCUGACAAUUCUAGACCGCCCAGUAAACGCCAAAGAAGUAUCAAAGACUUCAUGAAUACAACUGAAGAUUCAUUUUGGAUUGAACUAAGUCAGGACACCUCGACUCUACUACCGGAAGAUUUAUAAGGGUGUAAGGUCGUCCUCAAGUUUUAUUACCAUUUUGGUUAGGCUUGUUGAAUAUGAUACUUUUGAAACAUAAAAUGUGUACCUGCUUAUGCCUCUAGUGUUAACCAUCUGCGUUUGCUUAAACUAGACCUUUGAUUAUGUAACUUAUUUUUAAUUCUACAACUGUAUCGUGAAGUGAAGCCCGUCGACCAUUUGAAUGCAGCACAAAAACGAUAAAAAGGAAACAGGCACAGCACAGAUUGUUGGGCUAAGAUAGACCUAUUUUAUAGGAGAGGAGAAAAACACGAGACCUCGAUGAAUGGUCCGGAGGCACGGGGCAUAUUGCUGUUGAAGUUUUAAGUGUACAAAUUUUGCUACUUUAGGGCGCUUAUUGUAUAAAAAUAUAUGCAUAACUAAAUUUAGGACCAUCCUAUGUAUUCAUUGUAUUGAGCGUAUAAAGUUUGAUUAAUUGUUCCUCAAAGUUACUUCUAAACCUCGUUGCUAACAUGUACUCACUUCUAGCUGGUGCCUGAGACAAUGUUGAUCACCAGAAACUGAGAGACUGCUUAAAUACCUAUAUAUUAGUCACGAUGGUCUAAUAGAUUAAUAAAUCAUAUGAAAAAGCCGAUUAAAGUAGAUUGCGAGUCAACUUGAAAACGAUAACUUAUCCAGUCUUGGCACAAGUUAGCCCCAGGAGUUGAAUAUAAUUGUUUUACCACUGUACAAAUACUGAAGUUGAAACUAGAUGACUGUGAAAUAAGCAUUUCUUAUGUAUCAAGCUAGGCCUUUUUUUCUACACAGCACUAUAUAAUCCUUUGAUAAUUUCUUCUUUGGUUUUAAGUCGCCUACCUACCUGAGCUUAUACCCACUGAAGCACAUUAUUCUGAUGAGCUUGAUAAUUUAGUCGAUAGCGCGUCUUGUCACAGUAUCACCCUUAGUGCCGGCGUAGGUAUUCUGCGGUAGGGGCCAAAAAAAUGUUCCGCAUGGAUUCUUUAUCCGACUUCGUAAGCUAUCAUGUGCAAAGAGUAAUGACUACAGCACAUGUGAUGACAUUUGUGCGGUAGUGGCGGCAAAUGUAACCAUCACACCAACACGCGGAUAAUAACGAUGGCUGUGGCUACUGCAACAAACGACACGCUGUGGACGGCUUUUUUUUCAUGAAGAGCGCAAGCACCUAUUCUUCAAUUACCUCUUUUUCUAUGGUUACCUUUUCAAGAAAAGCUGAACUCUUUUUCACACCUCGCCGGACUUGUGUCUGAUAGAUGUCCAAUGAGCCUUCUUUAGUAGGUCUUUCUUGGCUCCGUUUAGAGCAGUACAUCGCCUAAUGAUGUGCUGAAUGCUAUAUUCCCUACUUCAUAGUAUGUGCAUUUUCUUCUAGCCUUGCCUAUUCUAAUCAUGUCAGCCUAAAUUUGAUUUGUGAGCGCUUGUAUCAAGUGAUAAGUCAAUUCUCCAAACUGUUAACCAUAUCACUCUUGAAGAUCGAAAAACAGAAAACGUGGCCGUUGUCGGGUUAUCGUCAAAGGCACAUUGGUGUCACUUUAAAAGUGCGCGGCUUCCGUUACCUGGCUCUCGCUACCCUAAUGUCGAUUAUGUGUCCAAGGUAUGGGUCCAAAUGGCCCCGAGUUUUUCACGAUUUUUUGAUUUCGUGUUCCAAUCAGUUCCAUACGAACGACUUCCCCGUUCACAUGCAGGUCUGCUCUUCUGUAUGUUUUGCGCUUCCUAACGUUACUAAGACCUCUUUUUUUGGUAGCAAUCUGUAAGUGGUGAUAAUAAGCGCCUCGUUUGUCCUGCUUUUAACUCUUGUUCGGUGCGGAUCGUUAUUGCUGAUGCGACAUUAUCAGCACGUGUAAUGUUUUGCACCUGCCAUCUUACAAAAUAGCAAGACCUCAUCAUAUGCCAAAUCCCAGAACGCCAGGCCUAGUAGCUAACCUGUGAUGCUCUAUAACUAACACGGUCGAUCGGCAAGGCUUCUCCGAGAUGAUUCUCCAGUGCUCUCAUUAUGAUUGCCCUUCUCGAGUUCGGUGUAUGAAAAGCACUUCAAUGUCAAGCGGGAUUAGUAUCACAAAAUUUCUCCUCUUGAAUGGGCUUUUUUAAUAGCUGCUGAAGUCAACCUUUUUCUUUAAAGCCGUAUAAUGUUUCUGAUAGAACUCGCAGUGUUUUCGUCUUUUUCGUUGGUUUAGCUCUAAUGAUGUAUUCCAUUGUACUCAACUGUACUGAGCAGAUAGAUAGGCAUAUAGGCAGCCGGAUGUAUUUUACCUUUGAGGUUAAAGUCAAGACCAGAUUCGCUGCCCUCCGUAAUGAUAGGAAUCACCUGUUGAAUCCGGCCAUCCGGGAUAUCAGACGAUGCAAGUUCACUGGUCAUAUAACUGGAAACGGGCAUUAGCUAUACUUUAUAGUUCAACCAGUGCAGUUAAUUUUUAAGCCAAGUGACCGUACUUGCCAUGCUUUAAAUGACUUGGGUGUUUUCGACAUAACUGUAGAUUUUUAAGGAGUAUGAUAAAUUUGACCUGUUUCUGUACAGUAUGCAUGUAUGUAAGAUAAUUUCCGUCUAUUUAUCACCCAAGUGCCCCCAGUUCCGCGAAGUUAUAAAGAAAACAAACGAAAUAUGUAUGCAAGCUGUCCCUUUAUUAAAUCCGAUCAUAUUCAUAAUAGGCUCGGAAUUAACAUUCAUGUCAUUUUCAUUUCAUAAUGCUUAAAUUACACACAUAUAUAUAUAUAUAUAUAUAUAUAUAUA